AUGGCCGAGGACUUGACAGCCCAGGUUCUGAAUGUCCUAGCCUCUGCCGACGGACCAAUUCUAACCUCAGAUGUCCUACCCAAUGCGUCCCUGAUCCCAGUCAAAGCUGCUGUUGACCGGUUACGCUCGAGAGGUUUUCUUGAGGCCGAGCAGAUAGACCGAAUAGAACUGCAUCUCACAGCAGAAGGAGAAGAGAUUGCAAAUAAUGGUAGUAAUGGAGCCAAAGUGUUCGAAGCAGUCCGGGCAGCCCUAGAGGGAUUGAAGAUCAAAGAUCUGCCUACCGCAGUCGGCGACGCCAGUGUGGCAAAGUUCGGUUUUGGAGAUGCUUUCAAAGCCAAAUGGAUUAAGAAAGAGGGGGAAGUACUUAAGGCCACAACAGACUCGAUCCAGGACGAACUCCAACUGCAAUUACAGGAAGUACGGUCUACCAAGACAUUGAAUAAUCCCAAACUUGUUGCAGACUUCAAGAAGAGGAAAUAUGUGGUGGACACAAAGACGAUCGCUUUCAAAAUCUCAAAGGGCCCCAAUUUCUCGACCGAGUUCGUCAAACAGGAGACCGAUCUGACAGCGGAGAUGUUAGCAUCUGGAGCCUGGAAGACUGUCCAAUUCAAGCCAUACAACUUCAAAGCCAAAGGAGCCCCCACAAUGGCUGGAACUCUGCACCCUCUCAACAAAGUCCGACAGGAGUUCCGUGAGAUCUUCUUCGAGAUGGGCUUUGAAGAAAUGCCAACAAAUCGCUAUGUCGAGACUGGAUUCUGGAACUUUGACGCCCUUUAUGUUCCUCAACAGCAUCCAGCUCGUGACCUUCAAGAUACCUUUUACAUUUCAGAUCCUCCCAAAGCCGAUCCUCCACGUGAAGAUCCUUCUCCGAACACCAUAGGCUCACCUCUACCUACAUCUCCCAAACACAAACGGACAAAAUCAAAAGAAAAGACAUUGAACUAUAAGCAAUAUUGGGAUGAUGUCCGUGCUGUUCAUGAGGAAGGCAAAUUCGGCUCGAUAGGUUAUCGAUAUCCUUGGUCAGCAGAUGAGUCUCUCAGACUUGUUCUUCGAACCCACACCACUGCCAUCUCGACAUACAUGCUUCAUAAGCUUGCACUAAAUCCUCGCCCUGCUCGCUACUUCUCCAUCGAUCGUGUCUUCCGAAAUGAGACCGUCGAUCAAACACAUCUUGCCGAGUUUCACCAAGUCGAAGGUGUGAUUGCAGAUUGGGGACUGACCCUUGGUGGCUUAAUCGGAUUCAUGGAAGUCUUUUUCGGCAAAAUGGGCAUCAAAAAUCUGCGUUUCAAGCCUGCUUAUAAUCCAUACACCGAGCCCAGUAUGGAAAUCUUCAGCUAUCAUGAGGGUUUGAAGAAAUGGGUGGAGAUUGGAAACAGUGGUAUGUUCCGGCCAGAGAUGUUGGAGCCAAUGGGCCUUCCUAAAGACAUGCGGAUUUAUGGCUGGGGAUUGAGUUUGGAAAGACCGACUAUGAUCAAAUACGGUGUGAACAACAUCCGAGAACUUCUCGGCCACAAAGUGGACCUCAACUUCAUUGAAACAAACCCCGCUGUCCGACUGAACAAAGAUUAG